AAGGUGUUUCUCGCCGUUGAGGACGUUGCGCAGUGUCUCGGCGACUACCAGGUGUGCGACGUGCGCUACAGCCUCUGCGAUAAGGCGCACGGCAGGGACAAUUAUUGCAAGGGCCAUCUCCCGGGUGCCAUCUUCGUGGGUGUGGAUGAGGACCUAAGUGGGCCCAUCACGAUUGCCAACGGACGCCACCCGCUGCCGGACGCCGCGAAGUUUGUGGAGUGGUGCAAGGCAAAGGCCAUUGGCUCGGGGAAGCCGGUCCUUUGCUACGACGACCUCAGCGGUGCCAUGGGCGGCUGCCGCAUGUGGUGGAUGCUGCACUCCCUCGGGGUUGAGGCGUACGUGCUGGACGGUGGGUUUCAGGCGUACCAUGCGGCGGGGCUGCCGUUGGAGGCGGGGCGUCCGGAGGUAAUGGUUCAGCCACUGGAGAAAUGGCCGUACAGGAACUCCUUUGAGCGCGCCCUCACCAUCGAGGAGGUGCCGCCCAACGCAGUUAUGGUGGAUGCACGUGCAGCAGACCGUUUCUCAUCGACGGUGCGCCCCUCCUGCUCCGACACACUGCCAGGCAGCAUUGAGAAUGCUGUCUCUUUCCCUUGGGAGAGUUUUAUGCAGUGCAAGGACCAGCACAAGUGCCUCAGACCGGACGAGGAGUGUCGCAGCAUCGCACUGAAGGCACUUGAAAGCGUGUGGGAAGCCAUCCACGCGGACGUCUCCAACUGCGUUUUUUUCUGCGGCAGCAGUGUCACCGCGACGUUAAACCUUGCCGUUCUGAGCCAUCUUGGCCUGGGGGAUUCCUUCCUGUACUGCGGCUCGUGGUCCCAGUACAGCGUGCGGUUUGCUUUCAGCGCUGCCUGCCGCAUUGUUGAGAACCAUGGCAUGUUCUUCAAGAUGAUCUCACCGAACCUCAACGACAACCCAGCGGUAACGGCAGUUGACGCCGUCGCCAUUGUGGUUGACGGGGCCGUCGUGCAGCAGCCGGACGCGGAGAUCACGGCGGCCGUUGCGCACAUGCAUAUCGGAGAAAAGGCGCAGGUCUUCUUUAAGGGUGGGAGGACCGCCGUCAUUGAGGCGUUGCCGAAGUGA